AUGCCAGUUUACGUUAGUUCUCGCCGUCUCUACAGUGAUCCAUUCGACACUGUUGGUGUGCGAUAUGUUCGUCGAUCUCCAGGACGUGUUAUUACAGUUCGUAAUCCGAUCAAAGUUAUUGGUGUUGAUGCAAGUCCACUUGUGAAGUAUCGGGUUUCUUCGCGACGUAUAUAUCAUUCUUCNCUUCAAAACUGUUUAAUAAAACGCUAA